AUGGAACGAGGAAAGUCGAGACGUUUUGGAUGGAAAGAAGGUGUCAGAAGACAUUGGUCGAUAUUCAAGCAAUUCGUCAUCCUACGGCGAAAGGAAUUGUUCCGCACAUAUGUGCUUGUGCCCAUUGGAGUCCUGCUAGUUAUGUGUUUAUUGUACGGCGUGGAUCGACUAAUCAAGAAUUGUAUCAAAGUGACGUUUCCGGCAAGUGUCGCGGUAAUGUUGAUCAAUUUCGCAUUCAUGAGUGUGCUGGCUGCAUUUAAGAAGCCCUACGUGGAGUUCUAUCUUGGCGUGAUUGAUGUUCCGCUGAGCUGGGCGUUGAGAUGGAUGAACGUUUUUUUUACGCCAGCUUUUGUAACUUUGCCGUUGAGUCCCUGGAUCUCAUGCAAGGAAGCUCUGCUGAUAGUCGCGGUUUUCUUGAUUGGGUAUCUGGUGGCUUUUGUACUGCUUGCAUACAUUACAGUACUGGGACAGAAGGUGACGGGAUCUCUGAGGUUGAGGUCUGUGUUUGUUCGGCAGGAAGAGCUGCACAAUGGUAUGGAAAAUGGAUCACGGUUUGCUCCAGCUUCGCAAUACAAGGGGAACGACAGCAUCUCUAGCAGCAACGUCGCAAUCGAUAAAGAGGCUCCUGCUGGCGAAGAAAAUCGGGAUAGUUCCAGUGUUCAAGUUUUUUUUGGUGAUUCCAAUGGACUAGACUUCCACGAUCCAUUGGUUAACCUUGCCAGCAACUCUGGUUUGUCACUGUCAUAUGUCAACUCGAGAGCGACCUCAAGUCUGGGUUCGGAGAUGCUGCCAAAGCACGAAUAUAGUCAUCACGAUGAUGAUAACAUCAACGAGGCGGAAGAUAUGAUACAGAUAGGGUCCUCAAGAAGAGCGACUGCUUCCGCGCCGCCCAAUAUCCGCCAUGGCGGGACCGGUUUGCUGCAGAGGCUGCAGCCGGCACGCCAUAAGAAUAUUGAGACCAGCUCCGCCGUGACUGUGGACUCGUCUGACAGCAGAAGUAUAUGCCAACGGGCCAUCACGCGGCAGUAUUCGAGACAGAUCGACUUUCACUUUUCGAUCAAUAUGUGGGAUGCACAUCUGCACCAUGUUCUCUACGCUCUAGGGUUUUUCGCAACCAUUUUCACUUACUAUUUCCAGUGGUACACUACGCCCUUCCACUUCUUCACCGCCGUCUGCAUGUUCAUGAUCAUAACGGAUUCCCCCUUCAUUGUGAAUCGCCCCAGGCUGAAGAGGCUUGCUCAUCCGGUCAUCUGCUCUGUGGCGCUAACGUGGCUUGUAAUGCUGAUUUCAGUGAUGAUUAAACACAGAGAAGUGGUCUUCUUCCUACGUGAACUCAAGAGCUACAAGACAGGUCGCACCUACCUUCACCUUUUCGACCCUAGUUACGGCUACCAUCAGUGGCCUGGAGCGGGCGACAUAUUCUCCAGCUGCAUGGACGUCUCGAUUGUCGGACUAUCUCUGCCCAUGUACACAUAUCGCAAGGACCUGAAGAAACACUUCUUCAGCAUGGUACCGCCAAUCCUGCUUUUUACAGCCGCUUCGUUACUGCUCUACCCUCUAAUAUGCUACAACAUAGGCAUCUCGUCCCUACGAUCGAUCGGUUUCGCCGGUAGAAGUGUCACCUUGGCUCUCGGCGGGCCCAUGAUAUCCAACUUAGGCGGCGACCAGACAGUGAUGGCAGUGACCACUGUCAUGAGUGGCGUCGUCGGAGCCCUCACAGGAGGUCGCAUGCUCGAUUUCAUAAGAGUCCCCGAAGAGGACUACGUUACCCGAGGCUUAGCCCUCGGCUGCAACUGCGGUGCCAUAGCCACCGCUUAUCUUCUCGGCGUAGACAGAAGAGCUGCGGCAAUCAGCUCACUGUCGUUUGUCUUCUACGGUGCUCUCAUGGUCAUCUUGAGCGCAAUCGGUCCCAUAAAGCAAUUUGUACAUCAGCUGGUUGGUCUAAACUAA